GUCACUAAAACAUAACCUUGAGGAAUUUCCGGCACUGUCCAACUUUCUGGUUAUUGAGGAACUUUUCUGUAGUUGCGUGCCUAAACAGGAAGGAAUUGAAUAAAGAACGUCAGAAAGUGACGUAUGGAGUUAGGCAAAAAGGAAUAUUAUGUGAUAAUUUGAUUGGUUCCCCACACAAUUGAUGAAGGCGUGUCAACCAUAGAUUAGAGUAUAUAAGUCCCGCUUGAAGCACGGGGUCCAUGCAAAGCCACACUUGAGUCCAAGAUGAUGUCAAAAGUCUCCUUUCUGGUUUUUACUCUGCUUGUUCUAUCUCAAGCUGAAGAUGUAUCCCGCAAGUCUCCGUCCGCCUGCCACUGCAGUCCAGUUAUAAAUGUUUCUGUGGACGGCAAAGGUCAGUGCGACUUACGCGAAGGAAACAACCAGCUGUUACAGGAGGUGGACGAUUUGAAGAAAGAACUCGCCGCGGUAAAGGAUCAGGUUCAACAAGCUUCAACAGGUUUGCCCCAAAGUACUCAAAGUGCAUACGACCUUUAUUUCACGAAAAGUGGUACAAGUGACUAUGUUAUCCACCAUGGCCUCCAAAUAACCGAUGCUUUUACUGUGUGCUACCGAAUGCGAACAGCAGAGAAGACAGUUUAUGAUGGUGCGGUCCUGAGUUACAGCGCAAACCACGUCUUCAAUGAAAUCCUGAUCAAAGAUGCGGAUUCACUUGAAUUAUGGAUCAAUGACGAGCUGUUAGAAACUGGAGUCACCACCCUGAAUGAUGGCUUCUGGCAUCUGAUGUGCGUUUCGUGGGAAAACAAAGCUGGAUCUUGGAAGAUUUACAAAGACGGCGUCUCCGAAGCCAGUGGGAGUGGAUUGCAGACUGGACACGUAAUCAAGACAAACGGAAUCCUCACCAUCGGACAGGACCAAGAUUCCCAUGGAGGAGACUUUGACGCAACCCAAGGCUUCCUUGGAGAGCUCACUGAUCUGAACAUGUGGAACAGGGUCCUAAAUGCAACUGAAAUAUCGAAACUGUCCAAGUCAUGUCACGGGGCGGAGGGUAACGUCAAGAAAUGGUCUGAUUUUAAAGUUGGUAUAAGAGGUGAUGUAAGAGUUAUUUCUCCAUCGGCUUGCGAGAUAUGAAAUAUCGCUUCUUUUUAGGAUCUUUUUGCCUUUACAAGGUUAAGUAAAGUUCGCUCGUAAGCUUGAAUAAACAAAAAAUGUUGUUUGUAGAUGAUAGGAU